AUGGAAGUCCUUUUACCAUUGACCUUUUUGAUUCUUUUUUGUUUCUGUUCAAGUUGGGCAAAAGACAGGCACUACUAUAUCUGCAUUGAGGAAAUCCAUUGGAAUUAUGCUCCUGACGAGAAGAAUAUGGUCAGUGUUGAAAGUCUUUUGCAGAAGAUGGAGUUUCAGUCCAAACUCAACCAAUGCAAAAGUCAAAUAGGAUGUACUUAUAAAAAGGCAACAUAUGUUCAGUAUACCAAUGAUACAUUUCAAACUGUCAUUGAAAAAGAAUCCUGGAUAGGAUUUUUGGGCCCAGUUAUUCAGGCAGAAACUGGAGAUGUUAUUUACGUGCAUGUAAAAAACAAUGCUUCCAGAUCCUUUAGUUGUCAUCCACAUGGGCAAUCCUACUACAAGAAAUAUGAAGGUGCUCUCUACCCUGACAAAGCCUACGGCUUGGAAAAGAAGGAUGACAGUGUGGGUCCACAGGAGCAGUACACUUAUAAGUGGUAUGUUGAGGAAAAUCAAGGGCCUGGCCCCAAUGACAGCAACUGUGUGACCAGAAUUUACCACUCCCACGUUGAGACCGAGGGAGACUUGGCUUCAGGACUUAUUGGACCGAUGAUGAUAUGUAAAAAAGACACACUGAUUGGAGACCAGGAAAAAGGCAUCGACAAGAUUUUUUUUCUUCUGUUAUCUAUAGUCGAUGAAAACCAAAGCUGGUAUGUCAAUGACAGUAUUGCUGCCGCCUACACUGACUGUGCCCAAGUUAAUACCAGUGAUCCUGACUUCCAGAAAAGCAAUUUAAUGCCCUCAAUAAAUGGAUUCGUGUAUGGAAAUCUGCCUGAUCUCACCAUGUGUGUGGAAGACCGGGUCCACUGGUUCUUGGUUGGUCUGGGUGGAGUCAUUGAUGUCCACCCGGUCUAUUUCCAUGGACAGACUCUGAUCUCUCACUAUCAAAGAAAGGACACCAUUGCCCUAUACUCUUCAUUUCUGGAAGAUGCCAUCAUGGUAGCCCAGGGCCCAGGAAAAUGGAUGCUGGGCUGUUUGGUACACGUUUUAGGUCCUGUCAUGAAGGCAGAGAUGGGACAGGUCGUCAAGGUCAUCUUCUACAAUGAGGCUUCUGUGGCCCUUAGCAUCCAAGCUCAAGGGUUAAAAUACGACAAAAACAACGAGGGCACAUUAUACCAAAUCUUUGAAGGAAGCACACCUUCACCCUCUUCACAUGUGAAUCCUGGCUCAACUUUCGUCUAUACCUGGGAAGUACCAGUUGAAGUGGGUCCUACAGACUCAGACCCCCAGUGCCUGACAUGGCUAUAUUACUCAUCAGUGGAUUGGGUCAAAGACACUAACAGUGGGCUUAUAGGGCCUCUGCUAGUGUGCAAACCCGGAACACUUGGAAAAAAUGGCAAACAGGAAGGAAUUGACAAAGAAAUUUUCUUGCUUGCUAAGAUAUUUGAUGAAAAUAAAAGCCAUCUUUUGAAUAAAAAUAUCCAAUUAUUUACCAGCGAGCCUGGAAAGGUGGAUAAGGAGGAUCCAAACUUCCAAAAAUCUAACAAGAUGGCAUCCUUAAAUGGAUAUAUGUAUGGAAAUCUACCUGGAGUGGUCUUGUGUGCAGGAGACAAUGUUUCAUGGCACGUUUUAAGUGUGGGAGGAGGAGAGGAAUUACAUGGCAUAUAUACUCAAGGAAAUACCUUCAUUUCUUCAGGAAAAAGGAGAGACACUGAAUUUGUUAUUUCUCACAUUUCCAAUACACUAUUCAUGAGACCUGAUUCCAUAGGUGAAUUCGACCUAGUUUGUAUGGCCUCUGAGCACUAUCAAGGAGGCAUGAAACACAAAUACCAAGUAAAACACUGUUGAGAGAAAAACUCUACGGAAAUGCAGGUCCAAGAAGAAAAAGUUGUUUAUAUUGUUGCUGAGGAAACUAUGUGGAAUUAUGCUCCUAACAAGACAUAGCAGCGUGAGUUGAAAAGAUUUCAAGGAGAGAAUCAAACAAGCAUAUUUAUGGAUAAAUUUGGGAUGUUUCUUGGAUCCGAAUACAAGAAGGUCUUAUACAAACAGUGUAUCGAUAGCACAUUCACACAUGAAAAAGAAAUAAGUGAAGACGAAAAGCACUUGGGUUUACAAGGAGACAUCCGUACAUACAUAUGGGAGAUUCCUGAAAGAACUGGACCUACGUCAGAGAAUUUUGAACGCAUACCAUGGUUUUAUCACUCAACUGUAAACCCAAUUAAGGAUCUUAACAGUGGACUGAUAGGCCCUUUAUCUUCACCGGAUUCUCCCAGCUUAGUUCACCAGGUUCUCCUCUUCAUGAUCUUUAAUGAGAAUGAAUCCUGGUACUUGGACGAAAACAUCAAUACCUAUGCUAAAGAUCCCAGCCAAGUAGACAAGAAUAAUAAUGAUUUUAAGCUCAGCAAUAAGAUGCAUGCAAUUAAUGGGAGAGUCUUUGCAAAUAAUGAAGGUCUGGUAUUUCGUGUGGGCGAUGCAGUGCAUUUGUAUCUGAUUAGCAUGGGGAGUGAAACUGACCUGCACACAGCUCACUUUCAUGGUCACAGCUUUGAAUACAAGAUAAGAAAAUCUGGACUGUACUGCUCAGAUGUUUAUAACCUCCCCCCUGGGGUUUACGAAACUGUAAAAAUGUAUGCUAGAGAUCCUGGAACUUGGUUGUUUCACUGCCAUUUGACGGAUCACCUGGCACGUGGAAUGGAAAGCACUUAUACAGUAAUUGAAUGA